CGUUCAAGGGUCUUACGGAGUUGAAGCAGCGACAACACUCUCGCACGGUUCAAGAUUCAUCAUCGAGUGACAACGCAUACAGCAGAGUAGGGGCCUCUGCGGCUUCACGACGAUGGUCAAAGAGUCGAGUUGAGCUUGAGAAAGGUGUAUAUAAAGGACCAACAACCACCACAAACCAGAGAGCUUUUCCUCAUCAUCAUCACAACACAAUUCAGAUUACCAACAACCAACAACUACUACCAACAACUUCUCACCAGUCUCACGACUCAAAACCACAACAAUCAACAUGUCUGCCGUCGCCAACGCUCCCACUUCUUCUUCCUACGGAAGCGGCUCUCCCGCCACUCUUCCCAUGCCUGGUCUGUCCGGCUCUGGCAACAACGUUGCUGGCAACCUCAUCAAGGGACCCAUUGAUGACGACGGAAAGCUCAAGAGCGCCGCCCUCCUCGUCGGUGUCAAGCUCGAUCUCGAGGCCGAAGUCCACCUUUCAGCCCGCGUCCGCGGUGACAUUGUGGUCGGUCUCUACUAAGUGUAGCGGCUCCCACCAGCAGCUCACACAACAAUAACACCGCCCUUUGCAGCUUGAUUCGUCUACUUCGACAGCGAAUCUUGUGACAACUGGGC